AUGAGAAGGAUAGUGAGAACUCUCUCACUAUCAAAGCUCAGAAAGCUUCUCAGUUCAUCUUCUUUCUCUACCUAUAUAUACAGAAGACCUGUAUAUAACUCCACCCCUUCUUUAAUCCUUGUCGGCUCACCCACUGUCUCGGCCUCCUCUCAAAACCCUGCUAAAACCCUACCACUGUUAUUUUUGACUCGAUAUUUUUCUGCCCAACAAUUGAAAAAUCAGUCCUUUACAAACUUAACGAUGUCCAGAGAUGGGAACUACGACGAGGCCACUUCAGAUACCAUCCCCGUUUGCCCUGGCUGUGGUAUCUACUUGCAAGACUCUGACCCUAAGCAACCUGGGUUUUUCGUUAAACCCUCGCCUGUGUCAAACAUGGGCUAA